UUCAUUAAUUGCAAUAAAAUAGGCUUUCCAGUUUCCCCUAACCCUCUCCUUCCCAAUCUUGUACACACAUACACGCAGCACUAUAAUCUAUAUCUGCCCUAAUACACACACACACACACACACACACAACACAACAACAUUACCAUAACCACAGUCCCAAUUGUUUUUUGCCCUAGUCUCUUUCAACCACUCUUCGCUGCUCUUUUUCUCUCUGUUUAGCACUGCGCUUUUACAUAUAUUGAGAACAACAAAAAAAAAACGAUUUUAUUUCCAUCUAUUGUUAACAAAUUUGGUAUUAAGCCAAACCUGGGGACUGAAACGGAUAUAUACCGAGUUUUUUUUUGGUUUGGCGUUGUAUUAGAGCGGUUAGGGUUUUGUUGACGAUCUUUAUUAUUGCUUUGUUCAUCGCUUGUUUCUGUUCUAUGUUUGGUAUGUGGGGGUGAUUUUUUUUGUGUGGGAAUAUCUAGUUUUAUUAUCUGGGUUGGUGGUGUAGAAACCCUAAGUUUGUUGGGGGGUCUAGGGUUUGUGGAUUUUGUGAAUUUUAAUACCCAUUUGGCAUGGUGGGUCGGUGAGUUUAGGUUCUGUUUGGUUGAAAUCUUGUUGGGAAACUGAAAAAACGGGUAUUUGGUUCAGUAAUUGAAAUAAUGAUAGUCUGAUUAUUGCUCUAAAUUGUUUCCUCAUCCAUCUUUUUUUUUGCUUAAAGAGAUGGAAUAAGGGUAAAGAGGUAAAAUUGCCUCAAAUAUAAAGAGUAAGGAAGGUGCAUGGUUGAUUUUAGUGAGAGAAACCUGAUUUUUUGAACUAAAAUCUGUGAAGAAAGUUGGGUUUCUUUUUGGGGGAUUGUUUAGAUAGAGUAAUGUGGUUGGUUAUUGGGAUUUUUGGAUAGAGGGGUGAAAAUAUCUGGACAUAUUGUUUGGUUGAGAAAGGAAAAGAAAAGGGAGUUGAAUAUAAAAAGAGUAUUGGUUGUAGAGUAAUCUGAUCAUGUUCUGCGCCAAUGGAAAGGAGUGAACCAGCUUUAGUUCCAGAAUGGUUGAGAAGUACUACUGGAAGUGUUACUGGGGGUGGUGGCUCUUCAAGUCCCCACUUUGCAUCCUCUUCUUUGCAUUCAGAUGUUAGUUUAUCCGCGCUGUCUUCUCGCAAUAGAUCUCCUAGGAGUGUAAGUGACAAAGAUAGCCCACGCUCUGUGUUUUUGGAUCGCAGUUCAUCAUCAAAUUCUAGGCGUAGUUCUAGUGGUACUAGUUCGAAGCAUCCGUACAGUAGUUUUAAUAGAAAUCAUCGUGAUAAAAAUCGUGAAAGAGAGAAAGAAAGAUCAGGUACUGUUGAUCUAUGGGAUCAUGAUGUAUCUGAUCCUCUGGGGAACAUCUUAGCUGGUAGAGUUGAUAAGAACAGCUUGAGGCGCUCUCAGUCGCUGGUGUCCAGGAAACCCGGCGAGUUCUUGCCCCGCAGAACUGAGGACUCGAAAGGUGGAUUUAAUAGCACCCAUAAUAGUGGCAAUGGUAUUCAUUCUGGGGGAAGUAGUUUUAACGGUAACCAGAAGACAACAUUUGAGAAGGAUUUUCCCUCUCUUGGGAUUGAAGAGAGGCAGGUAACCAGAGUUUCAUCGCCUGGUUUGAGCUCAGCUGUUCAGAGUUUGCCAAUUGGAAACUCGGCUUUACUUGGUGGUGCUGAUAAAUGGACCUCCGCAUUGGCAGAGGUGCCUCCUAUAAUUGGCAGCAUUGGUAUGGGGAGCUCAGCUUCUCAACAAAGUGUUGCUGCAGCUCCAACACCUAGUGCUUCAAGUGGGACGGCUAGCCUUAACAUGGCUGAAGCAUUGUCACAAGCAGCGCCACGCGCCCGUGCCACCACCCAUAUCCCUGACAAAACACAGAGGCUCGAGGAAUUAGCUAUAAAGCAAUCCAGACAGUUGAUACCUGUGAUACCCUCAAUGCCUAAAGCCUCGGUUUCCAGUUCUGCUGAUAAAUCAAAGCAGCCAAAAUCCACAGCUAGGACAAAUGAGAUGGUUGGAAUAGCUAAGAGUACACAACAACCUUUUAACACUCAACUUGCUAAUCAGCCCCGUAACGUGCAAGUCAGAGCGGAAGCUCCAGCUACGUCUCAUGGCAAAACUCUUCUGGUUCUGAAGCCAGGACGGGAAAAUGGGGUCACCUCUUUGUCAAAAGAAGCAUUGAGUCCAGCUAACAACACUGGCAGUAGACUAGCUAAUUGCCCUCCUCCUGUGGCUUCUUCAGCUCCUGUUGUGACUAGUCCAACUUCAAGGGUGACUUCCCUUGAAACCAAGGCUGCCGCAUUGUCACUGAAGCCACGAUCUACUGCGGAGAAGAGAUCUUCCCUGUCUCAAGCCCAAAGCAGGAGUGAUUUUUUCAAUCUAAUGAGGAAGAAGACUUCUGUAAAUUCUUCUACUGUCCUUCCAGACUCUGGUAUGGCUUCAUCUAACAUUAGGGAGCAAUCUGGUCUUAAAACUAAAGAUGAGGAUAGUGCCUCAUUGAGUCCUUGUGUUUCUGAAAAAGGAAGUGAGCUAACCAGCAAUGGAGACCCUCAUGAAGCUCAAAACCAUGUUCAAAGACAUAAUGAUGUCGAGGAGAACAACUUGUCCAUAAAUGGAGCGCUAUAUCCAGAUGAAGAAGAGGCUGCCUUCCUUCGUUCUCUUGGUUGGGAGGAAAAUGCUGGGGAAGAUGAAGGCCUGACAGAGGAAGAAAUUAAUAAUUUUUAUGAGGAGUAUAUGAAACUGAAGCCAUCGUUGAAGGUUUACAAAGGUGCCCAGCCAAAGUGUUUGAUGAUGCCUGAGAUGCACUUUGCUACUAAUCCUGGAACUGCUUCUUCUGGGACUACUUCAUCUAAAUCUGAUGCUUGAAUAUAGUGAUUUUUCUCGUAUAUGGGGGAUGCAUACAGUUUGGUUUGUCAAGAGAUACAUCGCUUCUUUUAUAUGGUCUCUUUUCGUUUUGGAGCAUCUCUGAUGCAUGUUCACAAGUAGAGGGUGGCUUUUGGAAUUUUGAAGUGCAGAGAAGAGAAAUAAGUUAGUCUGCUGCUGUCCUGCUGGCUCAAAAGAAAGUUAAGGUAGCGUUUUAUAAGUAGAAGUUAGGAAAAUGUUAGUCUGCAGUGGAUGAUGCUGGGCAAAUUGCUUCUUUUUGGAAAUUUUUUCGUCCUUUUCCUUUCCAGUGAUCAAUUGAAAAGGAAAGAGAAGGUUUUACGUUGUUUUGGUCGAUUUUACGGGGAAGAAGGAAAAUUGCAAAGUUCAUUAUAGAUUUUUCUUUUCAGCCAAAUUCUCAUAAUCGCAUAGCUCUUGUUGAUAUCAUCCUAUCUAUUAUUUUCUCUUUA